AUGAAGAAGAAAGUGAAAAACGCAAAUAUGGUCAAAGAGAUAAGAUUGUGCUGGCAAUGUGCUCUGAUGUUUGUCAUCUACACAGUAUCAUGGGUUUUCUACAUGUUCAUCCCUCAAGAAUCGCCUGAAUGGAGAAUGGUUCAUUCAUUGAUUACUGUCUUGGUUAUGGGAGGUGAUGCGUUGGUGUAUUUGCUGUUGAAUAAAGAGAUGAAAUCUCAGCUACCACCAGCGAAGGAAUGGUUUUCAAUUUGUUUUCCUCGAUAUGCAGGUUGA